AUCCACGUUAGGAUCGUCAGUGGAAGAGGAAUACCAAAAUGUGGAAGUCUAUUUAUAUUUUGAGUUUGCUUUACUGCAUUGCAAAUGCAAUCACUUAUAACUCUUUCCAUAGAGUACCAGCAACGGAAGAAGAAAUAAAAGAAUUUGAAGCAAAAAAUAACAAAGAUAUCUGCAUCGCUUCCUUCGAUUCCAUGUGACGAGAAUGAGUGGAGGCGAAUUGAUGGCUCCUGCAAUAACCUGGACAAUCCUAGCCAUGGAAUGUUCCAUACUCCUGAAUUAAGACUGUUGCCUGCCAAUUUUAGUGAAGGAUUUACACUUAGAAAAACAAGCUCGGGCAAAGAUUUCCCGCUUGCAAGAUACGUACGUUCGUUGCUCCUUAAAGUAGGUGAUGGGAUAGAUAAAAAGUUCACCACUGCUGUCUCGUACUGCGUAGAAUACAUUUUCGCUGACAUUGGAUCCAUCCAUGACGUUGAAAACUACGUCUUGGAGACAACAAACUGCUGUCAGGCUGAAGGAAAGAGCAAUCCUAUGUGCACGCCAAACUUAAUACCAGUAAAUGACAACGUACACAGGUUCUCUGGCUACGACUGCAUUAACAUGACCAGACCAAAAACAUUCCAAACAGAAGGUUGUGCUCCAUCUAGCACUGUUCCUGCUAGGAUUACUAAGGCAACGACAUAUAUGGAUCUUUCUUCGGCUUACCUACACGCCAACCUCUCGGCCAUCAGCGAUCACAGGACCUUUGAAGGUGGAAAGCUGAAAGUUGAAGUUGUGAACGGAAUUUCUCUGCCGAGUGAUGCCGUUGAAGGCACUACUUGUUUUAUAAAGCAAGCUAGAGAGACCGGUUGCAGAAGAAAUGUUCCGAACACCAUUCUUGGUACAAAUCUUUUCUCAGCUUGGUAUUGGAGAUUCCACAAUCUGGUAGCAGACGCUUUAGCCAAAAUGAAUCCUUGCUGGGACGACGAGAAACUAUUUCACAUUGCGAUGGACAUCAAUAUUGCUUGUUAUAACAAUAUGGUGUUUUAUGAAUUAUACGCGGCAUUGCUUGGGAAGGAGAACAUGAUAAAUCAGGGCAUUCUUGGCUGUGAUGAUGGCCAUAGAGACGUGUACGACAAAACCAUCCUACCUGGAACGUUUACUGAAUACGGAUAUAUGCUUCGUUGGUUCCACGUGACACAAGAUGGCAAACAAGAACUUUACGACAAAGAGAACAACUUUUUGGGCACUACUCAGAUGGUGAACUUUUCUUUGCGUGUGCAAGAUUUGGCUUACGAUAAUAACAUGGUGGGGAUCACACACGGUCUCUUCUUGCAACCUGCCGGGGCCUUCGGAGACGGCACCGCUCAUCCUGACUUGACGGAUCUUGGCCUCGGUCCCCUGCAGAAGACUCUUGAUAUCAUGACCAACGAUUUGGCGAAGGGAAGGUACUUCGGUUUCACCUCAUACUUGCAGUACAGGGACUUCUGCACUAACUACGAAAUUAAGCACGACUCCUUCGACGAUUUGAAAUAUUUGAUGGACGAAGAGAAAAUCGACGAGCUUCGCAGGAUCUAUGAAGAUCCAUGGGAUAUUGAGCUGAUGGCCGGUGUCUGGGCCGAGAAUUUGAUGGAAGGAGCCUGGGUGCCUCCUACCGCUCACUGCAUAAUUUCACACCAACUGAAGAGAUUUGUGGUCACUGACCGCCAUUGGUACGAGAGACCCAAUAGACCAUAUGCUUUUACUCCUGAACAAUUGAAGGAAGUAAGAAAAGGAUCGUACGCUCAAUUGCUUUGCGCCGUGGGAGAUGACGUGCUCAAGGUUCAGCCUAACGCCUUCCUGAGAAUUGGACCAGGAAAUGAACUGGUGAGCUGUGACGAGAUACCGCAGGUAGACUUGAGUGUAUGGAAGGACGAGAGCUGCAACUGCGAAUGAUGUGUAUAAUUUUUUACUGUUUGUAUCAUUAAACUGUUAUUAUACAUUGUUUAUUUA